AUGCCCGCUCGAGAAUAUAAUUAUGAAGAAAAUUUUGGUGGAUAUAGCUCAUUAGAUGAGGAUGAUUCAGACAGGGACUCUGAACGUAGACAUCAUGAUCCAAGGCACCAGGCUGCAGCAACAAGUCCAGCAGGUGCAUCAAGACAUGCUGUGCUAAAUAGAUACAUGGUACCAGGCCGAAACAUCAAUCCCCUUUUCAGACCGACAGGCCCCGUUCAACCUUCAAUAACACAUACAUCAGCAUCAGCAUCGGCAACAGAUUCCACAACUAGAUCAGAUUCUGGAAGGCCGAAGGAGCCUCCUGAAACCAAUUUCAACGCAUUUCUUAUAUCGCAGCUGACCAGGAUGGAAGAGCAGAAUUCGAACCUAAAGGAAGAAAUCUGUUUAAUGAAAAAGGAACAAGAGCUUUUUUUCCUAGAAAACCAAAAAAAAUUAGAAAAGGGAUUCAAAGACAUCAACAAGUAUGUCGAGGAUGUUUCUGCGUUGAAAGAGGUCUUCAAAGAGGUAGUGGGGAUUAUGACCGGGGAAAGAAUACGAUUUAUAGAUCACACUGGAGAAAAUGUUACUCCUCAGGAAGCUGCUCGUAUUGGAAAUCCGUCAACUAGCACGCAAUCUCAUCAGGCUCACUCAAGACUAACGAAUUGGCAAGAAUACAGCAUGCACGCAAGCAUACUGGCCGGUGAUCCUCGUGUAAAACCUGAACCAGGACUAGCUGACUUUGAAGCUGGAGAAUACGAUGAAGGUCAAAGUGAUGGUAGCGUUAAUGAUGAGGGCGUUGCUCUCAAUAACCCGAGUAUCAUUCAUAACACCAACGAUAACAACAGUCAACAGGACCAUGACAUUGAAAACGGGAAUGAAGGUAGGAACAGCGACAGAAACGUCGGAACGUCUUAUAGACUAAAUCGUGCAAUUCAAAAUGUCACAGAUGCAGCUCGUGAAUAUUUCGAAGGCUUGCCUGGACAACCAUCAGUACUUUCCCUUGAAAGAAGGUACGGUUCCACUUGGAGACGAUCAGCCAAAGAAAGAACUCUUUUUACCAAGAGGAUGACCAUCAUCAAAAGAAUAAUAGAUAUAAAAGAAGAUCCAAGCAAAUAUGGUUUGUCAUUGCCUGGUAAUAAAAUAAAUAGGAACCAAGCUAUAAAAGWGGUAGAGAAUAUUCGAUUAGGCAAUAAUACAUUCAAGGGUCACCAUUGUCGAUUAUCGAUGUCUCAAUUAUACGAGUAUUUUUCCAAAAGAAUGGACAAACUUGAAGAUUAUUCGUUGACUCUAAAAAGAAGAGGUAAGCCAAGAAGGAUAUUUUUAUUGGAAGAAAGAGAAGCUAGACUAUCGCUACAACAACUAAACGGAGUACCAAAUACCAGUACUAGUACCCCAGAAAACGACCAUGUCACUGAACGCUAA